AUGGAGCCUCGCAUGGAGUCCUGCCUGGCACAGGUGCUGCAGAAGGAUGUGGGGAAAAGACUGCAGGUUGGCCAAGAACUCAUAGACUAUUUCUCAGACAAACAGAAGUCCGCUGACCUUGAGCAUGACCAGACCAUGUUAGAUAAACUUGUGGAUGGACUCGCUACCUCUUGGGUGAACUCUAGCAAUUACAAGGUGGCUCUCCUGGGCAUGGACAUCCUAUCCGCGCUAGUCACCCGGCUGCAGGAUCGGUUCAAGGCUCAGAUCGGCACAGUGCUGCCGAGUUUAAUAGACAGACUGGGAGACGCUAAGGACUCCGUGCGGGAGCAAGACCAGACUUUGCUGCUAAAGAUCAUGGAUCAAGCUGCUAACCCCCAGUACGUGUGGGACCGGAUGCUGGGAGGCUUCAAGCACAAGAACUUCCGGACUCGGGAGGGCACGUGUGUCUGCCUCAUUGCCACCCUCAAUGCCUCUGGAGCGCACACUUUGACACUAAGCAAGAUUGUGCCACAUAUAUGUAAUUUACUUGGCGAUCCAAAUAGCCAGGUUCGAGAUGCAGCAAUAAACAGCUUAGUGGAAAUUUACAGACACGUAGGAGAACGUGUGAGGGCAGACCUCAGUAAAAAAGGAUUGCCACAGUCCCGGUUGAAUUUAAUUUUUACAAAAUUUGAUGAAGUCCAAAAAUCUGGAAACAUGAUACAAUCUGCAAAUGAUAAAAAUUUUGAUGAUGAAGAUUCCGUGGAUGGUAACAGACCUUCCUCUGCCAGUUCUACAUCUUCCAAAGCUCCACCAACCUCACGGAGAAACGCUGGAAUGGGGACCACCCGGCGGCUUGGCUCAUCCACUCUUGGGUCUAAGUCUUCAGCGCCAAAAGAAGGAGCUGGCGCUGUUGAUGAAGAGGAUUUCAUUAAAGCUUUUGAUGACGUACCUGCAGUGCAGAUUUAUUCCAGCCGAGACCUCGAGGAAUCCAUAAACAAGAUUAGGGAAAUAUUAUCUGAUGACAAGCAUGAUUGGGAGCAAAGAGUAAAUGCACUAAAAAAGAUUAGAUCUUUACUUUUGGCUGGUGCUGCUGAAUAUGAUAACUUCUUUCAACAUUUGAGACUUUUGGAUGGAGCCUUUAAACUAUCUGCUAAGGAUCUGCGGUCUCAGGUAGUGCGGGAGGCUUGUAUCACGUUGGGGCAUCUGUCAUCAGUUCUGGGGAAUAAGUUUGAUCAUGGAGCUGAAGCCAUUAUGCCAACUAUCUUUAAUUUAAUUCCAAAUAGUGCCAAAAUUAUGGCUACUUCUGGUGUUGUAGCUGUUAGGUUAAUCAUUCGGCACACACAUAUCCCUAGGCUAAUACCAGUGAUAACAAGCAACUGUACCUCCAAGUCUGUUGCAGUUAGAAGACGCUGUUUUGAAUUUUUAGAUUUACUUUUACAAGAAUGGCAGACACAUUCACUGGAACGGCACAUAUCAGUAUUAGCCGAAACGAUAAAGAAGGGAAUACAUGACGCCGACUCGGAAGCCAGGAUAGAAGCCAGGAAGUGUUACUGGGGGUUCCACGGCCACUUCAGCAGGGAGGCAGAGCACCUGUACCACACGCUGGAGUCCUCCUACCAGAAGGCCCUGCAGUCCCACCUGAAGAACUCGGACAGCGUCGUGUCCUUGCCGCAGUCGGACCGCUCGUCCUCCAGCUCUCAGGAGAGUCUGAAUCGGCCGCUCUCUGCCAAAAGGAGUUCCACUGGAAGUAGCGCCUCUAGAGCUUCGACCGCCAGCACUAAAUCUGUGUCGACGACUGGGUCCCUCCAGCGUUCCCGGAGCGACAUCGACGUGAACGCCGCGGCCAGCGCCAAGUCCAAGGCCUCCUCGGCGUCCGGCGCCGCGCCCUUCAGCUCCGCGGCGGCCUUGCCUCCGGGCUCAUACGCGUCCUUAGGUCGGAUUCGUACGAGAAGGCAAAACUCCGGGAGUACCACCAACGUCGCCUCCAUACCUGCCGAUAGUCGAGGCCGCAGUCGCGCUAAAGUGGUUUCACAGUCUCAGCGAUCCAGAUCUGCUAAUCCUGCUGGUGCUGGCAGCCGGUCAAGCUCUCCGGGGAAGUUGUUGGGAAGCGGCUAUGGCGGCCUUGCCGGGGUUUCCUCCAGAGGCCCGCCAGUGACACCCUCUUCCGAAAAGCGAAGCAAGAUCCCCAGAAGCCAGGGAUGCAGCCGGGAAACAAGUCCGAACCGAAUAGGAUUAGACCGGUUCGGGCUUGGCCAGGCAGGAAGAAUACCUGGUUCUGUGAAUGCCAUGCGUGUGCUAAGUACAAGUACAGAUCUUGAAGCUGCUGUUGCUGACGCUUUGCUGUUAGGAGACUCCAGGAGCAAGAAGAAGCCCGUGAGGCGGCGAUAUGAGCCCUAUGGGAUGUAUUCUGACGACGAUGCCAACAGCGACGCCUCGAGUGUUUGCUCUGAGCGCUCGUAUGGCUCCAGGAACGGCGGCAUUCCCCAUUACCUGCGGCAGACCGAGGACGUGGCGGAAGUUCUCAACCACUGCGCCAGCUCCAACUGGUCCGAGCGGAAAGAAGGGCUCCUGGGCCUGCAGAACUUACUGAAGAGCCAGAGGACACUGAGUCGAGUAGAAUUGAAAAGAUUGUGUGAGAUCUUCACACGAAUGUUUGCUGACCCGCAUAGCAAGGUUUUCAGUAUGUUUUUGGAGACUCUUGUUGAUUUUAUAAUAAUUCAUAAGGAUGAUUUGCAAGACUGGCUUUUUGUUCUUCUCACACAAUUACUUAAGAAAAUGGGGGCAGAUCUACUUGGAUCCGUACAAGCAAAAGUUCAGAAAGCUCUAGAUGUCACCAGGGACUCCUUUCCAUUUGAUCAACAAUUUAACAUUUUGAUGAGAUUCAUUGUGGAUCAAACUCAAACUCCUAACCUCAAGGUCAAAGUGGCAAUCCUGAAGUACAUUGAGUCUCUCGCCAGGCAGAUGGAUCCAACUGACUUUAUAAACUCCAGUGAGACCAGGCUUGCUGUUUCUAGAAUUAUAACCUGGACAACAGAACCAAAGAGUUCCGACGUGAGAAAGGCCGCACAGAUUGUGCUAAUAUCGCUGUUUGAAUUGAACACUCCUGAAUUUACUAUGCUACUUGGUGCCUUGCCCAAAACAUUCCAGGAUGGUGCCACCAAACUCCUGCAUAACCACCUCAAGAAUUCCAGUAACACCAGUGUGGGCUCCCCAAGCAACACAAUUGGCCGGACUCCCUCCCGACACAACAGCAGCAGGACCAGCCCCCUGACCUCACCCACCAACUGUUCCCAUGGCGGCCUGUCUCCAAGCUUGCUGGACUAUGAUACAGAGAACCUGAACUCGGAAGAAAUCUAUAGUUCUUUGCGUGGAGUUACAGAAGCCAUUGAAAAGUUUAGUUUUCGAAGCCAAGAGGAUCUGAAUGAGCCAAUUAAACGAGAUGGAAAGAAGGACUGUGAUAUUGUGUCCCGGGACGGUGGGGUCGCGUCCCCGGCCACGGAGGGCCGGGGCGGCAGCGACGCGGUGGAAGGCGGCCGGACGGCGCUGGACAACAAGACGUCCCUGCUCAACACGCAGCCGCCGCGCGCCUUCCCGGGGCCGCGGGCCCGCGACUACAACCUGUACCCCUACGCCGACACCAUCAGCGCCUACGACAAGACCGCCCUCAAGGAGGCCGUGUUCGACGACGACAUGGAGCAGCUCCGAGACGUGCCCAUUGACCAUUCGGACUUGGUGGCGGACCUUCUGAAAGAGCUGUCCAACCACAACGAGCGCGUGGAGGAGCGGAAGGGCGCCCUGCUGGAGCUGCUCAAGGUCACCCGCGAGGACAGCCUGGGCGUCUGGGAGGAGCACUUCAAGACCAUCCUGCUCCUGCUCCUGGAGACUCUUGGAGACAAAGAUCAUUCCAUUCGAGCGCUGGCACUGAGAGUUUUAAGGGAGAUUCUGAGAAAUCAGCCAGCAAGAUUCAAAAACUACGCCGAGCUGACGAUCAUGAAGACUCUGGAGGCCCACAAAGACUCCCACAAGGAGGUGGUGAGAUCCGCAGAGGAAGCGGCGUCCACGCUGGCCAGCUCCAUCCACCCGGAGCAGUGCAUCAAAGUGCUCUGCCCCAUCAUCCAGACGGCCGACUACCCCAUCAACCUGGCUGCCAUCAAGAUGCAGACCAAGGUCGUCGAGAGGAUCGCCAGGGAGUCCCUGCUGCAGCUGCUGGCAGACAUCAUCCCGGGCCUGCUGCAGGGUUAUGACAACACGGAAAGCAGUGUGCGGAAGGCCAGCGUGUUUUGCUUGGUGGCAAUCUAUUCCGUAAUCGGAGAAGAGCUGAAACCUCACCUCGCACAGCUCACGGGGAGCAAGAUGAAGCUGCUGAACCUGUACAUCAAGAGGGCGCAGACCACCAACAGCAACAGCAGCUCCUCCUCCGACGUGUCCACGCACAGCUAA